AUGUCUGGUCCCGCCCCAGCUGAGGCGACCGUACCCCUGGACGGCAGCACUGGCCCGCAGAGUCCCGAUGCGCAACCCGCUGCUCCCGCUCCUGCAAGUCCGCCACCCGCGGACGAAGGUGACGACCACGACGAGAAGGGCAUCCACGGCCUGAAACACAAGGUCACCGGUAAGAAGGAGGAGCUUAAGGACAAGGCCCACCCGCCCGGAGGUUAUGACCCAACCCCUCUGCCCGACUUCCCCUCCGGCUGGACCAUCAGGAUCAUCUUCAACCGCGCAGAGAAUCUGCCAGCCGCCGAUCUCUCAACCCAGCGAUGUGAUCCUUAUAUCCAGGCUACCUUGACCGCCCCGAUCCCGAAGAGGCACAAGGAGGAUCCGGCCCUCAGCUGGAGGACGAGGACAAUCCGCACAACAUGCGAGCCGGUGUGGGAGGAAGAAUGGGUUGUCGCAAAUGUUCCGUCCAGCGGCUUCAAGCUCAAGUGCCGUCUCUUUGAUGAGGACUACCCCGAUCACGAUGAUCGCCUGGGCAAUGUCACCUUCGAGACCAACUCAAUUGCAGAGGGCUGGAGCCUAGGCCCAGAGGGCCAGUGGUUCGAUAUCAAGAAGCGCAUGGCCAGCAAGCGCGCAUAUUUCUUCAAGGCCAUCACCAGUACCAUCGACAAAAACACGAGCAUGACCGGGCGUCUCAACUUGAAAAUUGAUGUCAUCGGGCCCUCCGAGGGCAAGGGCUCUCAGAUGUAUACCAUCGGGCCAUCGAUAUUCUUCAAGCACUUCAGUCCGUUGCUGGGCAGGUUGAUGGGCAUCAAGGUCAACAAAGACGAGGCACAGGACGAAGUCGAGUAUGAUGCCGAGUCAGGCGAGAAGAGGAUCCAGAAAUAUGACUUCCAAGCGAACGAGCUCCAGCUCUCCGGGCCCGUGCCGGAGCAUCUGUACCAUAGAUAUGUCGAAUUUAGCUCGUGGGUCGGGAGCAUGUUCACGGCCACGGGCCUCCGCGGCAAGGUCCUGCACAAGGCCCUGCACAAGCAACACAACCGGAUCUACAGCUUCAGCCAGUCGACACAGUGGGGCCAGUUCAAGCCUUGCACUGAGGAGGCCUCGCUGCAAUUCCUGCGCAUGGCCCAUUUCGAUGAGGGCGGCCGCGUCUUCACCUACGUGCUCACUCUGGACGGAUUGCUGAGGUUCACCGAGACGGGCAAGGAAUUCGGGAUCGACUUCUUGUCCAAGCAUACCAUGCACUCGGACGUGGCGACCUACAUCGCUUGCUCGGGUGAAUUCUUCAUUCGCCGUCUCGCCAAGGCAGACGCCCCGGAGCACCAGGGCGAGCCGGACCCCAGCGAGCCCACCCAUCCGUCCGAAGACCUCCCCGGCGGCCCACCACAUUCUCAACCGCCAGCUGACCCGCGGCACUACCAGCUUGUCAUCGAUAACGAUAGCGGGACCUAUCGCCCUGACAAGCGCAUCCUGCCCAACCUCCGCGAAUUCCUCGAGCGCAACUUCCCUGGCCUCGGCGUAGUGGUGAUGCACUGGGAGGAUGACGAGUGCCAGGACCUCAAGGAGCAGCAGCGACAGAUCAAGAAGAAGGAGGGCGGCGGGAUCCAGCUGGUGCAGAACCGGAGCCCCGACUCGAGCAGCAUCAGCAGCAGCGACGAGAGCCGGCUGGACAGCGACGGCGAGUACGGAGGCCGCAAGCACUGGAAGAGCAAGAAGGAGGCCGCGUGGGACAUUGUCGAGGACCCACACCGGUUCAAGCAGAUGAGCCUGGGCGGUGGCAAGCCCAAGCCCGGCCAGGACGCGGCGGCCGGGCACCACGCCGAGGCCUAG